GGCCUCGGUGGGUCCCGCCUGAAAGGAGGGUGGCCCAGGCUCCUCCCGCGGCGCCUCCUCGGAGCGCCAAAGGCAGCAGAUGGAUGGGAGCGGGCUGGGAGGCAGCUGGUGCCGGGCGGGAGAGGCUCCGCUUUGGGCUCGCCUUGGAGAAGAGGAGGAAGGAGAGGACGGAGACGGGCCCUGGGGAGCCACCAUGGGCGAGCCCACGCGGGAGAGCCUGGCCUCGGCUUCCCCCCCGGAGGCCACCAUGGGGAUGGUGAAGAAGAAGCAGCAAGGGGUCAAGCGGCACCACCACAAGCACAACCUCAAGCACCGCUACGAGCUGCAGGAGACCCUGGGCAAAGGCACCUACGGGAAAGUCAAGCGCGCCACCGAGAGGUUCUCCGGGAGAGUGGUUGCAAUAAAAUCCAUUCGUAAGGACAAAAUUAAGGAUGAACAAGAUAUGGUUCACAUCAGACGGGAGAUUGAGAUCAUGUCAUCUCUCAGCCAUCCUCAUAUCAUCACUAUUUAUGAAGUAUUUGAGAAUAAAGAUAAGAUUGUGAUCAUCAUGGAGUACGCAAGUAAAGGAGAGCUGUAUGAUUAUAUCAGCGAAAGGCGGAGGCUGAAUGAGAGAGAGACACGACACUUCUUCCGGCAAAUUGUCUCUGCUGUGCAUUACUGCCAUAAGAAUGGCGUUGUCCAUAGGGACCUAAAACUGGAAAAUAUUCUUCUUGAUGACAAUUGUAAUAUUAAGAUUGCAGACUUUGGACUUUCAAAUCUUUACCAGAAGGAUAAAUUCCUCCAAACUUUCUGUGGAAGCCCACUAUAUGCAUCUCCUGAAAUUGUCAAUGGAAGGCCUUACCGGGGUCCAGAGGUUGACAGCUGGGCCCUUGGCGUAUUGCUUUAUACUCUGGUUUAUGGAACAAUGCCCUUUGAUGGCUUUGAUCACAAAAAUCUGAUCAGGCAGAUCAGCAGUGGAGAAUAUCGUGAACCAACACAGCCCUCAGAUGCUCGUGGUCUGAUCAGAUGGAUGCUGAUGGUGAAUCCUGAACGCAGAGCAACCAUUGAAGACAUAGCCAACCAUUGGUGGGUUAACUGGGGCUAUAAAAGCAGUGUUUGUGAUUGUGAUGCCCUCCAAGACUCCGAAUCCCCCCUGCUGUCUAGGUUCAUAGACUGGCAUCAUCGUUCAAGUGGCCUCCAGCCAGACACUGAUACCAAAAUGAAGUGCCUUUCCAAACCAAAGGGAUCUGAGGUCAUGCUAGAGAGACAGCGGUCCCUGAAAAAAUCAAAGAAGGAAAAUGACAUUGCACAGUCUAUCCAGGAAGGAGGAGUUGAAAAUGCAUGCAAGUUAAACUCCAAGAGGCCCAAAGGCAUCUUGAAAAAAAGGAGCAAUAGUGAACAUCGGUCUCACAGUGCAGGAUUCAUUGAAGGAGUAGUCAGUCCAGGUUUGCCCUCCACGUUUAAAUUGGAGCAGGAGUUAUGUCGGGCAGGAGCGUCCAUUAAGAACAUUGUGGAAGGGGAGGUAACAGGGAAAUACAGUGUUAAGCAGUCUUCCUUAAUGCCAAAAAAAGGAAUCCUCAAGAAAACUCAGCAAAGAGAGUCUGGCUACUAUUCAUCUCCAGAACGGAGUGAAUCUUCCGAACUCUUGGACCAUGGCGAGGAAGCAGCAAAUGGGGACACAUCUCCAGGCAUCAUUGAAACUUUACGGAUAGAGUCUCACAGCCAUUCCUACAGGCGCAAGGGCAUCUUAAAACACAGCAGCAAAUAUUCAACCAGCAGCACAGAUUCAGCUUUGAUCAGUCCUGAUACGCCAACACUGGAAGCCAUGGAGGGGCCAGUCCUGCCUGGUGAAGGAUUAUCUCGAAGUUACAGCCGUCCUUCUAGUGUGAUUAGUGACGACAGCAUUCUGUCCAGUGACUCUUUUGACUUGGUGGACUUUCAAGAAAACAGGCUUAGGAUCAGGAGCUGUGUGUCAGCUGAAAAUUUCCUCCAGAUUCAAGAUUUCCAGGGACUCCAAAACCGCUCACGACCGCAGUACCUGAAGCGCUAUCGGAAUCGGACAGGCGACAGCAGUUUUUCCCUCCUUACAGACAUGGAUGAUGUCACUCAGGUCUACAAGAAAGCUCUGGAGAUCUGUAACAAACUUAACUAGCAGAUAGGAGAUAGGAAGGCCGGAUAGGAAGGGUUUGAGGUACCUUUAUGAUGGAGUUGGCUCAAUUAUCCAUAUGCUGACAGUUAUAUCAUCAUUGAAGUGACAUGGAACAGACAGGCUGAGCAGAAAUCCUCCAGUUAUGUUAAGGAAAAAUUCAUCUCAUGCUCAUUAUGCAACCUUAUAGCUCAUGUAAUCAAAAUACUACCUAAUGUCCAAAGAAGUUACAAUAAUGCAUGAAGCAAAACCUCUGGAAUCUGGCAGACAGAAAAAGAUCAUAUUCCAGUGGCUGUAAGAUGAGGCUAGACAAAAUGUAAACUGGAAAAAAGAGUACAUGUAUUUAUAUUAGGGAAGGUAACUAACCACUGGAAAAGCUAUAAUGCUAAAAGUUUUUUUAAAGAAUCGUUCUAAAGGGAAAAAAACAGAAGUUAAGUUUUAAAUAUUAUUUGCAGGUGGAUUUGUUAACAUCCCUAUGCUCAAGUUAAUUAUAUUUUCAGAUUCCCUGCCAAAUGACGCCAUGAUCCAGAGAUAUAAAUAUGCAGCAGAAAGCCUAUGGAUGAAUACAUGCUGCACCAGCUGAAGAUUGGUAUUUUCAAUUAUAGCUGCCUUGUGAAAAGCAUUUAGGAUUUCAGUGGGAAGUGUUUGUAUAGAAGUUAGGCUAGAAAGACAUCGCAAUGUAGUAAACUAAUGAAAAGGUGAGGGUAAGGAAGGUUUUUCCAAGUAAAGGGAAUCAAACAAGGGCUCUGGAAGUCUGCAUAGCAAACAAACCCCAGAAUAUGGCUCCAAAUUGAAGAGAAGUGGUCAUCUCAAUGGAAUCAUGACUUUUCACUAUGUUUUAGGGAGCUUUUAUUUAAACUUCAUUGCAUAUGCCAUUUCUAUAUAGUCUUGUUACCAGUGCAUUUGUAAUUUCCACUGAACUGUAGACACAAUCCAAAUAUUCCCUUUCCAAAUUAUGUACAGUCAUUGUUCUGCUAAAGAAUUGUGCUCUAUUCCUUUCAGGAAUACCUUGAAUUCUUGGCAUUAGUCUAUAUUCUAUAUCUUCCUUGCAUUUCUGCCCCCUUGCCCAUUUCCUACUAGGCAGGCUGGAGAACAAGGUUGAAAAAUAUUUAGUACUAGCUUGUGUACCUGGCAUUGCCUGGGUUAUUAUUUCCUGUAUUUUUGUUGGUCAUGGGGGUUCAGUGUGCCAAGUUAGGUCCAGAUCCCCCCAAACCUCUCCAACAUUUUUCUUAGGUCAUGGGGGUUAAAGAGGCAGUGGGCAGGAUCAUGCAAAUUCCACACCAAUGGAGAAAAUCGGAAACACUGGGAUGUAUGUGGUGGAGGAAACACGUAAAAUCUACGAUGAAAUUUUCCCCGAAUGAAAGCAUUCCUUUUGGUGGGCAGUAUGGUGUUUGGGGAGGACAUUGGCAGAGGUUGGACUAGAUGUUUAUGGUGCUUGCUAUAAUCUGAAAUGUCAUUGGAGGGAGGGCUUUGGGUGGCUCCUCAGCACUGUGGGUUAAAGCUGCUUGUGGAAGCAGGAACCUGUCUGUGGAAGUGGGCACCCCAGCCACAUACACACAUACAUAUUUUAUAUAGAUAUAGAUUUUCAGAAUCAAAAUAAUACAGGAAGAAGUUAAAUAUAGCUGAACAGGUCAGACCAAAACACCAUGCUACAAGGAGCAAUUGAUACUUUAAAACAAAGUAAGGACAAGAUGUCAAUAUGCAAGGAAAUAGAAAACCUAAAUAGUAUCAGUCAGAGCUUAUAUCUCCUUGCCAGUAACUACUUCUAAUACAUUAUGUAUGCAGUCCACAGAAAAGCUAGAAUCAAUCAAGAGAGUUGAGACAAUGCACUGAAGACCUUCCUGCAUAUCUCAAAAAGCUGACUAGACAGUUGUCCCUGGAAGAAGAAAUGUCGAGGCUGAGGCACUUGUUCAUCUUUGCAAAUUGUAUGCACCAUGAAGAUUAAGAAAACAUAUGCUGUACUUUGACUUAUGCAAUUGAUAUAAUAGAAUUGUAGAUCGUUCAGCUGUAGAAUUUGAGUUUUACAAUUACCACUAACAGGAGCCUAAGCACAGAUUUCCAGAGCCCUUGUCACUAAGUAAAUUGUGAGGGAAGGGAAGGGAAGGGAAGGAACAUGGUUCAUGAAGAAGAAGAUAAUUGACUUGAUGAGGACUUUAGUUUAAGAAUGUAUAUGUAUUGUGGAUACUACAUAGCCAGUGGGGUCAAAUGAGAGAAGACAGGAGACAUGUCUGAUGGAUAUUAUUUAAAUACUGCUAUUAAAAGGCUUCAACUCCCAUAAAGGUACCACCAUUGGGUCUGCUGGAUUGUGUGAAUGUAAGCCUCCUUUUAAAUAGGCACUAUGUGUUUGAUAGGUCUGGGCUAUUCAGAAUCACUUGGCUUACCUUGGUUCACAGUUGUUCCUGUAAACAGCUCUUUAGUUCCAAUAGAGUUGAAUUAUUAAGGUCACAUCACCUUGUUUGCAGCUUCAAGUCAGUAGUCACAUCUGACUAUAAGUAAUAGACCAAGACUCUGUUCUUAGGUUUAACCUGUGCCAACAUCAUGAUUUUAGUUGAGAACAGAAUUUGGUCCACCUGAUUGUGGCUCCAGAAUCUCAGGAAACUAGUGCCAAAUUGAAGAUAUUCCAAAGCAAACACGAAGAUCUCCAAACUAGAAGAAUGUGUGGUUUUAUAUUUCUCAAAAUUAUGUCCAGGUGGCUGAUUUCACAUAAGGUCACUUUCACUGCACUAUUACAGGUAGGCUAGUUAGUCCUAGUUCCCAAUAAUGAUUCUUCCAGUUGCUUAUUAAUAAUACAACUUUGAUCAAAAACGGCACUGAAUAAUACUCACCAAAUCCAUAUCACCACAUUUAACAGAUUUGACGGCAAUUUUCUCACUUUUUUCCCAUGGCAAGGAAAUACUACUUGAUAUCUGAGACAGUCUAAUGCCCAGUGUUAUACAUUUCAUGGACCUGCACUGCAUACUCUAAGCAGUCCAGUCCUAAAGCAUAUUUACUCAGAAAUAGGUUGUACUGAAUAUGCUGAGGCUUACUCCCAAGUAGGUGAGCAUAGGAUGACAGCCUCAGAGGAGUACAGCUGUUUAAAGAUUUGCUGUGCCUUUUUUGGAGCAUUUUUUGAGUUUGGGGAAAUGGAUCGUUCAGUGAUUUGGAUAUACUUUGCAUCAGCAUACAGGGAAUGUUUUGAAUCAGGGAUUUGCAAGCCUUGCUCCCUAAAGUUGCCGCAAUGGAGCUUGUUUUCAGCAAAAAUAUGCUGAUUUAUACUGCCUGUCCACGAAAUUCAUGUAAACAUUUAAUUGAUGUAUGUAAUGAAGGAGAGGGAAUUUGCAAGAAUCAUUCCCAGACUGAGCUCUACCUAGGCUGAUGCCCAAGCCUGCCGUGUUGAGUACAAAUGUGAAUAAAUGAUUGAUUGCUGCCAAACUGGAAAAAAAAUGUUCUGUAGGGAUUUACUGGCAUGUUAUCAUUCCUAGAAGAAGCAGAACACUUGACUGCACAUUGUUAUUAUUAUUAGUGUUAUGUAUUUUUCUUAUUUAAUUUGGGAAGGUUUUUUUUAAUUUCAAAGCUGACUUUUAAAAUUUGAAUUUGUUGGUUUUUUUUUAAUUUAUUGGUCUGAAAGCCAUUUCAAAGGUAUAAUAAUAUAUUUUGGUGUAAUUUAAUUGGUGCAGCAUUAUUUUACAGCUCUGGCCAAAUUGUUACCUUUAAAAUGUUUGCUUUUCUUUCUUUUUUUGUUUCGCUCAUUGGCUAGUUUGAUCUCUAUGAGGCAGGGGGAAAAGCUGGAUAAUCACCCAAAGUGUUUGUAUUUUAUUAAUAUGAUAUUGUCUUUUUGUAUGAAAUAAAAACAAUAAAUACAAAA